AACCAAUAAUUGUUCACCAAGGAGGAAUGCAUUGUAUGCAUUCACAACUAGCCAUUCUAUUGUUGAAUCCCCUGCAUGUAACCUUCUGUGGACCGCACGCUGUAUGUAUCGUACCAAGAUCUCUACUGAAAAAAUGCUGCGGUCUCGUCUGGAAUUAUAUAAUAAUUUAUCAAGCAACCACUUUUGUCUGAACAUAUUUCAUGCAACCGCUUAUUAUAUCUUAGCAUAUUCGUGAUUGGCUGACGACGAUGUGACACACAAGGAAGACACGACGACAUUAUGUUUAUUUAUCACCCAGAACCUCACUCGAAAGGAUUAUACUUUACAUAAAGGAUCAUUUUGUAGACCUUAUAUUUUGUUGGUCAGCGAAAUUUUUAUGCAAUGGCGACUGAGGAAACUGGAUCAUUUGCGUCGGGUCCAAACAACAAUAAAGUUGAUGACAUCAGACAGUUUUCAAUGAAGGAAGUCGCUCUGCAUUCCGAUCACCAUUCAUGUUGGCUGGUCAUCAAAGACUUCGUUUACGAUGUAACGUCUUUCGUUUCAGAGCAUCCUGGAGGAUGGGAGAUGAUCAUGGAGAGAGCAGGUACUGACGCAACUAAUCCAUUCGAGGGCAAAGGCCACUCAGACGAUGCACUAAAGCUGCUUGCCGGGUUCAAGAUCGGUCAGUUAAUAAGGAGUGAACGUCUGGAGAAAGGAUAACGAAGUAACAAGAGGAUAGAUUUCUUGCUGUUUUUAUGCAAUAAUGGUGUCUUUUUACACAAAAGUCUAUAUAUUAUUAUAUAUUUAUUCAUAUUAUCAUUGAGGAUACGUGUAAAUAAAUCGGAUGGCAGCUUUUUGUAGAUCACAUUUUAUGGCAGCUCUAAUAAUGAAUAUUAUAUGGGAAUCUGCGUGUCCAAAUUGAAUUAACACUUUGUAUUAUAACGUAUUCAGGGUACAAUGAAUUUGUAAAUACAAAUCCUUGAUUUUUAUUAUAUUAUGUAUAUGAGGCUAUAGGUGAUAUAAUUAUGUGUGGAUUUGUUUGCCUGGAAGUACUUUGUAUAAUGGAAUUCAGAAAGAAAAAUAGUUUUGUGAAUAAUGCUGGUAUUUUCUUCUCUCAGUCUUUCAGUGUUGCAAUUAAUUGAAAUAUAUUGAAAGGGUAUUUUUUUUGUUUAUAUAUCAGGGCCCCGCGCGUCUUAUGAAGAGUAAUUGUGAUUGAUCCAAAUCAAUCGCAAGUCCUCUAUCUUCUAUCUCGUAUAUACAUACAUGUAGUUGCGAUCAAUCGCAAGUGUUUAUAAGACGGGGCCCAGGAGGAUUAUAACAAAAUAUAGGCCUACAUUGAACACGCCCUAGUGAUCUUUAGUUACGAGGCCGAAAA